AUGUAUCUAGACGUCUUGAAACAUUGGUCCGCCUUCAAAAUCGACGCUUUGGGUCUUGUCACUUUACUAGGUGUAGAGGCUGUCGAUCGUGCCGUUGGGCGUCUCGUUCAAAACCCCUUCACCGACUGGUUGCCCCUUAUGGGUGCAUAUACUAUCGCCAGUGACCAGGUGGUAGAGCCCACUCCCGGCUUUACUUUAUAUAACAUCACAGAUGCGAUCCUCGCCGCUGAUCUAACGGGCUGGUUCACGCGCUGGAUGCUGACCCAGGAUCUCGCCUUUGCAACCACAACACUCACCCUGGUUACCACUAGCCCCCCCAAUCACCAUCGCCCAUCGAGGAGAUGGAUCCUCCCGUUUACUAUCGGGAUCCUUAUAGUCUCAGCACUGAUCAUCCUAUCUAUUUUAAUAGAAGACUGGUGGGCACUGGUUGCCGGGUUAUCUAUGGGGGUCUCUGUGGUUGUUCGCCAGAUCAUUCUGGGCCAGAACCGAUGGGCGAUAGAUCGGGCUGUGGCGAUGACUAGAAAUGAGCCUGACGAGAUUUGCAAACUGUUUGUGACAAUCCCAAAUGGCAAGGCGGUCACUAUCUAUGCCCCCAGGCGUAUUAUCCAGGGGCCUCUUCUUACCACUCCCCGUCCCGCCUAUCCCCGUAUCUAUCUGAUAGCUCGGUACAUCGGCUGGGCUGCAUUUGGAGGCCUUGUGAUCUCUCUUGGGAUGGCCAGUCUACUGUGCCAGCCUUACUCCGUUGUGGUUCUCAUCGUAGCCUCCACGGUGACGGUGAGGGGGAUUGGCGAUGACGAGCGCUUCAUUGGCUCCGGAUUGAUGAUCUUUAGCGAGACAAGUGGAGAUCGAGAUUCCAGGAUGACGGCAUAUUUAAAGAUGCAAUUGAGCGAGAGUGAAGAGGCUACUAUGCUCUUGUGGAGUUUGCUACCACAAAGGUCUAACGUUGCCUGGUGGGAAACAUACUCCGAGGUGAAGAAGCUCUAUACAGAAGAGUUUCUCAAGCGAGGAGAAUGA